ACGGACACACGCUUGGUGUCCGUCCACGGACGGACACCAAGCGUUUUAUUAGAGAGGAUUACUGUGUAAGCUUCUGUGAGGGACAGGUUUCAGGUGAGCUUUCCAGGCACAAGUUGAUUAUUAGCUAGGCUACUGAGAUAACCUUUCUUCCAAAUAACCUUUGGAAGAUCGAAGACAGCAAGAUUAUUUAACCAAGAAGGGCGCCCUGUUACCAGCCAAUCACUCUGAUUACAGGGAGGGAGUAACUUACUGUGAAAUUCUACUACAGGACCCAGUAAGUUUGCACAAUACACUGAUCUGGGUAAACGGAUUUCCUUCCUCUGGAACACUUCACUUAAGAAGAGUCAUGGAGGAGAUGCUUGUGAAUGUAAACAAAUGGGUCAAAGAAAACAGAGCCGCUUUCCUGCCUCCAGUGUGCAAUAAGCUUAUGCACCGCCAUCAGCUCAAUAUAAUGUUUGUUGGCGGACCGAAUGAAAGAAAGGACUAUCAUAUUGAAGAAGGAGAAGAGUUAUUUUAUCAACUGGAGGGAGACAUGUGCCUGAAGAUAAUAGAAAAUGGAAAACACAAGGAUAUCCACAUUAAAGAAGGAGAGAUGUUCCUCUUACCCGCCAGGAUACCACAUUCUCCUCAAAGAUAUGCAAACACUGUUGGACUGGUGAUUGAGAGGAAAAGGUUGAAGACAGAAACUGAUGGACUUAGGUAUUACGUUGGAGAAUCAACCGAUGUUCUUUUUGAAAAGUGGUUUUACUGUGAUGACCUUGGCACGCAACUUAUCCCAAUAAUCCAAGAAUUUUUCAGCUCCAGGCAAUAUCAAACUGGAAAACCCAAUCCAGAUGAACUUUUGAAAGAGAUUCCUUUCCCACUCAAUGACACUCGGGUCAUGGAUCCCUUCAACUUUCAAGAAUGGCUGGAUGAUCAUCAUGAAGAAAUAGAUCAGAGGAAAUCCUUGAGACUUUUCGGGGACAAUUUUGAAACCAAGGUUGUUGUCUUUGGACCAGGAAUAACUGAAGAGAAAGGGGGAAAUGCAGAUAUAUGGAUAUGGCAGAUGGAAGGCACAUCUGUCCUUACUACCAAUAGUGGAACCCGGGCUUUAGGGACUGGAGACAGUCUUCUCAUCCCUGUACAGACUAAGUUCCAGUGGAAGAGAGCUCAAGGAUCUAUCGCUCUUUACGUGGUUCAGGAUCCAAUGCGGAAACAACCCUAUGCCUGAGUUCUGUGCACAAAUCCUGAUGAUGAGACAGAUUAAUGGACUUUUAAUUCUAAAAGCUAUGUUAGCGUUGUGAUUCCACAAAAACUGAUUCAAUUAAACUUGGAGGAAAAGCCAGGUACAGCUGAACCACCAUUAAUGAGGCUAGGGGUGUAGCUAGGGGAGAGAGGGCCCGUGUUCGCCCCUCUCCCUGGUGGCUCCUCAGAGUGAGGAAGAUAAUGAAGAAAAUAUGGAGGGGUGGAACUGGGGGCCCGAGGUUCUUUGAACCCCUCCACUCAAUUAUAGCUACAUCCUUGAAUAAGGCCACCUUGAGGAAUAUGUCCAAACUAGAGAGACAUCCUAAUGAAUAUUCCCUAGCAAUUCAGCUGGGCCCCGUGGCAUGCUCUGUUUGGCAAACCAGAGUGCACCACAAUGCUGGCCGGGUCAGGAGAGCAGCAUCUGGGGCAGGCAGGAACUGCAAAGCAUCAGCAGCAGCGGCUUAUGAACAAAAUAACAUUUUGUGAAGAGCAGAGCUGCCACCUGUUGUAGCAGCUGCCCCGCAAGUCUCCCGGGACUCAUCUCGGCAAACCAGAGUGCGCUAUGGGGCUGACUGGGUCAGAGGGCAGAUGCUGCAAUCAAUAGGAACCUAGGGGCACAGGAAGCUGCCUUAUGCUGAGUCAGACCAUUGGUCCAUCUAGCUCAGUAUUGUCUACAUAGACUGGCAGUGGCUCUUCCAAGGUUGCAGGCAGGAGUCUCUCUCGGCCCUAUCUUGGAGAUGCCAGGGAGGGAACUUGGAACCUUCUGCAUGCAAGCAGGCAGGUGCUCUUCCCAGAGUGGCCCCAUCCCCUAAGGGGAAUGUCUUGCAGUGCUCACACUUGUAGUCUCCCAUUCAAAUGCAAACCAGGGUGGACCCUGCUGAGCAAAGGGGACAAUGCAAGCUUUCUGUGGAGCUGUGCUCCACCAAUGGCGACAGCGAAGAGAUUUCCCUGCUAGCCCAGAAGAUGGCCUCUACCUCUCACAGUGCCUGACCUCCAGCUCAGACAGAUCCUACAGUGCACUCCUCUUGGCUAACCAGAGCCCGCCAUGCCACUGGCUGUGUCUGAGUGUAGCUGCUGCAACAGCUAGAAGCCACAGUCUGGGCUGGCAGCAGUGGGAAAUUGGCAUCCUCUUGCCACUGGCAGGGUACAACUCCCACCUGUCACAGCAGCCACCCUCUGACUCAGCCAGCAGCACAGCCCAUUCUGAAGUGUGUGUGCCACAGGACCCAGCCACACUGGAAGGAAAUCUCCACUCCGCCAAUGCUGGCAUAGCAUAGCUCCGCCUGCUGCAGUAACUACUCUCUGACUCACUGAGCCUCACAGGCGCUUUCCAGAUUACACGCUACAACAGCAGUAGUUUACUUUGGCUUGGCAGGAUCGUAUUGAAACCAUAAAUAAAGGGUGUUGUGCAAAGCCACCAGCAGGGGGAGCAGUCUUUUCUAGCUUGCACAAACCUCCUACAAUAGGAAAAUACAGCACUUUUUAUUUGUAAUUUCUGCAAUGUUGUAGCACUGUAAUGCAAAGAUAAAACCCAAAAGGAGGCAUCGGAAAUGUGAACGGCACCUUGCUGACAGCACAGGGCCUGCAAUGUCGAAAUACCUGCAGUACAGGAACACACUUAAUGAACACAAAGUGACAUUGUUGUAGCGUGUAAUCUGGAAAGCGCCCAGGUGUGCUUUGGUUUGCCAAGCAGAGUACACUGCAUGGCCCAGCCAGUUUAGCGGCAAAGUUAACCAUUGCUGGGGAGGUACAAGACCAAACAACUGAACUGAGCUUACUUUCAUGUGAUAAGUAUAUCCACCUCUGUAUGGUCCGGUCAAUUAUUCUAAUGGCUUUUUGCAAGAUCCAAAAAUCUUAGAUUUGACAAUGUUGGCAUCAUGUUGGAAAUUCAUCUCCAUUGAGAAACCCUCUCCCCCGCCCAACAAGUUACCUGCAUAACUCUAAGGAACAGCCGAUUCACUGCCUUCCACCCAGAGAAGGACAAUUUCAGCCUUCUCAGAAAACUUAGAACAGGUAUAUUGAGUGUGGCUCUGAUCAUGUAAUCACCAUCUUUUACUCUCUCUCUCUCUCUCUCUCUCUCUCUCUCUCUCUCUCUCUCUCUCUCUCUCUCUCUCUCUCAUCCUCACCUCUUUUACCCACCUCUCUGUUAGGAUUCUCUCUAGUUUGCAUUAGUAAAAAAGCCGGGUGCUCAACUUAAGAUUCAGCAUCUUGCAGUGAGUUGCUUCAGUCCAGCUCCCCCAGGGGUUGCCAACUACCACUUUAAGCUUGUGUGCUUCUGUCUUUAAUAAACUUAAUCUUUGUUUUCAAAGA